GAUCGAGUCGAAUUGAAGUCUUCCUAAAAGAAUGGGAAUUUAUAAUAAGUGAUCUUAAUUUAUAAUGAAACAUCACAGAUAACAAGAGGAUAAACUUAAUCGUUGUAAUCAUCGCUCACCCUGUCCUGCCCCUAUCCAAGAUAUUUUUCUUUUGCCUCGGUUCCAGGCGCCAGGUGCCAUUGUCGAUAACAUUAAUAAAAUGGCGGAUUGUGGUGGUUUCGGUAGUAUAGAUGUUUUAGUGAAGGCAUCUGGGUUUUCAGAUGCUGCCCUUCGUCUAGUCAUCGCGUUAUUCUCAGCUUAUCCUUUGGCCUUCAUUUAUCAAGCAUUUUUUUAUAGAACCAAACCUGUUCUUCAGCAUGUCUAUUUCACCAUUUGUGGGCUUUCAUUGGCUCUUUUCUGUUAUGGCUGGUGUGCUGUUCACUCCCUGAUAACCAUUACUUCUUCCUACUUGCUGGUACACAUUCUUGGGCCGUCCAUAAACAUGGUUAUAGUCAUGUUUUUAUUUAACAUGGGAUAUUUAUUAAGUGGCUAUAUCUGCAAUGCCUCAGGGGGGUAUGACGUCAACUGGACUACACCCCAGUGUAUUCUGUGUCUAAAGCUGAUAAGUGUGGCCUGGGACUACUAUGAUGGAAAUCAAGACCAGGAGAAAAUAUCCGCUGAUCAAAAGACCACUGCCAUUGCAACACCCCCGACACUACUGGAGAUGAUGGGUCUUAGCUACUUUUAUGGAGGAUUUCUAGUUGGUCCCCAGUUUCAAACCAAGGGGUACUUAGCAUUUGUUAAUGGGACGCUAAUGGACAAGAAAGAUGAUGAUAAUGGCCGGGUUGCAUCAGGUUUGAAGCGCAUGGUUCUUGGUAUCCUGUACCUUGCCCUUUAUGGUGCAUUAAAUCCAUGGUUCUCAGAAACUGGACUCUUAUCAGAUGCAUUUCAGGAGUAUUCAUUUCUUGCAAAAGUCUGGUAUAUAGUUUUUUAUAGCAGAGUGACAUUCAUGAAGUACCUGGCAGUGUGGCUUCUCUCUGAGGGCAGCUGUAUUAUUUCUGGAAUCAGCUACAAUGGUAAAACCGAAGAUGGUGUAGUAAAGUGGGAUGGACUUAGAAAUAUACGGCUCUCAGUGUACGAAACAAUGUACACUUUCCAGCAUUGCGUUGAUUCCUUUAAUAUCAAUACCAAUAAAUGGGUACUCAGGUACUUUUUCAAGCGCCUUCGUUUCCUUGGGAACAAAAACUUGUCGCAUUUCCUCUCGCUGAUGUUUCUUGCUUUGUGGCAUGGAUUGUUUUUGGGAUAUUUCGUUUGUUUCUUUGGAGAAUUUGUCAUCAUGGUGAUGGAAAAACAGGUACUAAGUAUGUGUAAUACCGUGACCAAGAAGCCCUUGUCAGAGAUGCCUGCAUACGUCAGAUUUCCUGUCAUUUCAACUUGUAUGUUCAUUGUACAUUUUGGCCUGGCGUAUUUCAUGGUGUCAUUUAAUCUAUUGAUCGUCUCGCGUUUUCACAGGGUUUGGAGUUCAAUUUACUACAUUGUCCCAGUGAUAUUAGUCAUAUGGCACUCGCUUUAUCCAAUCAUCAUCUACCCAGUCUUUAAAAAGAUGACACAAGAUAAAAAGGACAGGUCAAAGAAAGAGAACUAGGAUAUCUGCAGAAGAGGCAUUGCAUUUAUUAGUUCGCAUCUCCAGAGCUAGUGUUGGGAGAUAUUUACUGAAGCCUGUCUUUUUUACUUUCAAGCAAGUUUUUGCACAAUCUUAAUCGAAUAAUUUGUUUUCGUGUGAUUUUAGUUUUAGAUGUAUUACAUUCUUUUUGUUUUAAUCCAGUAAAGAAGCUGAGUUAAUCUCAGAUUUAUUUGGUUGGCCCGUCACUAGUUUCCUUCGCAGCCGUUGUUUGCUCUCGUCUCACGACGAGUUCUCUCCUAGUGGUGGGGGAGAGAGUGCGUUGCGUGACGAGACCAUACAACUGCUGCUCAGGAGACUAGGCCGUCACUUAAUCUUGUUCCUUAGUCACGCGGUUAUCUGAAUUAUUAAAGUAUUGAACAUCAGUAAAAAAAUUGUUGAAUCUUUUUCUUAUUAUUGUUAUCAGUUGUUAAAAAAUGUUUUUUUUUACAUCUUGGUUU